AUGGGCGACAGAUCUUUUGAGGCUGGCUCUCAAAACUACGGCGUCGUCUACGAACAACCUCCGCCAGCACCCUUUUUGGCAGCACCACUUGCGCUCUCUCCAUCUCCCAUAACCACGCCCCCCAAGUAUCGCGCUAUCCAACCUCGGCCCAGUGAAUGCGGCCCCGACGCCGAAAAGCUCGAUGACAAGCUGAAAGUCAAGCCUCGGAGGCGUCGAAGGAGUAAAACGCGCCGGAAUCGCCCACGGCGGCCACAAGAGAGAAGUGGCGAGUCAAAGUCAGUCCAACUCGAGGCGGAUGUCAACAAGACCCAGGAGCGAGAGGUUUGGAUUGCCUAA